AUGCUAGGUGGGGGAUCUGGAUUCUUAGGCAGAUAUCUCACAAACAAUCUGUUAACAAAAGGGCAUGAUGUCACCUGGAUUUCACGCUCUUCUGGAAUCAAUCGUAUAACCUGGGCAGAGUUGUCAAAAAAAGGAUUGCCUGAAAGGUAUGAUGCCAUUGUAAAUCUGGCUGGAGAGAGAAUGCUAAACCCUUUCAAAAGAUGGACAGAUGAUUUAAAAAAAGAAAUAGAAUCCAGUAGAAUAUCAACAACAAGGCUUCUGUCAGACCUUAUCUCAUCUUCAAGCCACAAACCUAAAGUAUGGCUAUCAUCAUCUGCAAUAGGUUACUAUCCACCCAGUGAGGUAAAAGUGUACAAUGAGAACAGCAAGGAAGGUGAUGGUGAUUUCUUUGCUGAACUCUGCCAGAAAUGGGAAGAUGCUGCUAAACUGAAAGAUGAAUCAGUUAGACAUGUUACAGUCAGAAUUGGUGUUAUAUUGGGAAGAACUGAUGGUACAAUCAAACUACUUUAUAUUCCUUUUUUCUUGGGUUUGGGUGGCAAAAUUGGCUCAGGAAAGCAAUGGUUCUCUUGGAUACACGUCAACGAUGCUGCAGGAAUAUUUGCCAUGGCAAUUGAGAAUGAAAAAUUUUUUGGUGUAUUGAACGCAGUCGCGCCUAAUUGUGUAACGAACGAAGUGUUCACAAGCGCUUUUGCAAGUGCCUUGAACAGACCCGCGAUCUUUCCGGUGCCAGAAAUUUCUCUGAACAUUAUGUACGGCAAGGAAAGGGCGUCGAUCAUAACGAGAGGGCAGAACGUUUAUCCGGAAAGAACUUUGAACUACGGCUACAAGUUUGAGUUUCCCGACAUUUAUACUGCUUGCAAAGAAUGUGCCACAUCUUCUGCCAAAGAGGGAUUCAGCUUUUGA